AUGAAGACGUCCUGAUAAGGAUGGGACGAUAAAGCAGUGGCCUCGCUCCUUCCUCUGCUAAGCUAUUACUCGGGCACGCCCUCGGAGAUUCUCUAUAUUCGGCGAACUUCAAAGCCCCGUAUUUAGUGAUAGCGUAGGAGAGUCGCGAUGACGAACACGUUGCUAAGGUUACUAAGGUUUCUUAGCCCACGACUCGCACUUCAAGCUGUCCUUAAAGGUAACCAUAAUAACCUUAUCCUUGGUACUAGCGAGCGAGUGGAUCUUAUCUAUGACUAUAUAGAGUCUCUCCUAGCUAAUAAUCGACCAGUCAUUAAUAGCCUAGUCAUCUAUAUUAAGCUUCGUAUUAAUUAUCUUAUUAAUAGUACCCUUAUAUACCUCGCGAUUAAAAGCAUAUCGCGGAAAAGUAGAUUCAUAGGAAGAGAUGAAGAAAGAGGAGUAGGAGGAGUAGGAGUAGAAGGAGUAGGAGGAGGAGGAGGAGGAGGAGGAGGUUUAGUCGACGCGUCUAUGGCAAAUUGAACGCUUUGAGUGGGUUUUUUCGACGUCGUAGGGGGCAUAUGGGUAGAAAAAAUACGUGGAGACUCAACACCAAGUAUAUUAACUAAUAAAACCUCAUGUGGCGACGAGUGUACGACAAAAUGCCAAA